UUCCGUAACCUAAACUUUGGUCACAAUAUUUGGUCACUAAACGACAUAACUUCCCCUUCUAUAAUUACUUAAUUAGUAAGUAUAGACCUCUCUACGUACUACACAAAGAAAACCCAACCCAGCCAAACUCGACGUAACGAUGGAACAAACCUACAUCCUCCUAGUAGUAUACUCCACCAUCCUCAUCAUCACCCUCCUCGUAAUGAAGCUCUUAUCGCCCCGGCCGUCGACGUCGAAGACCCUCAACCCGCCUCCGUCGCCGCCGUCGUCCCUCCCCGUCGUCGGCCACCUCCACCACCUCCUCCUCAACAACAACAAACAACCCAUCCACCGAACCCUCCAGUCCAUCUCCGCCGCCCACGGCAAGAUCCUCCUCCUCCGCCUCGGCUCCCGCAGGAUCCUCCUCCUCUCCUCCCCGUCCGCCGUGGAAGAGUGCUUCACCCGAAACGACGUCGCCUUCUCCAGCCGGCCGCUCGAGAUGGCCAGCACCAAGCACUUCCACUACCGCCACACCACCAUCCUCGCCGCCCCGUACGGCGACCUCUGGCGCAGCCUCCGCCGGUUCAUGACCCUCGAGCUCUUCUCCUCCCCCGCCGUCGCCAAAUUCGCCGCCGUCAGGGAGGCCGAGGUCCGCUCCUGGCUCUGCCGGAUCGCGGAGUGCUGCGGCGGCGGAGAAGGGGAUGUGGGAAAGGUGGUGGAGAUGAAGGCGAGGAUUGUGGAGCUGAUGUUCAACGAGACGGCGAUGAUGACGGUGGGGGAGUGGUUUUGCGGGGAGGCGGCGAUGGGGGAGUUCGAGGAGUCGGUGAGGCCAGGGAUUGAGUUGUCCGGCGUGUUUAAUCCGGCGGAUUUUUUCCCGGUGUUGAGGAGGUGGGUGGACGUGGUUGGGAUAGAGAGGAAGAUGGCGGGGUUGAUGGGGAAAGUGGAUGGGUUCUUUCAGGGUCUUGUGGACGGCCACCGCAAAUGGAAUAAUAGUUAUGGCGAUGAGAAGAAGGUCGUGGCGGUGAUGGAUGAGAUCUUGGCCUUGCAACACAGGCAGCCGGAAGUCUUCACCGAUGAGAUAAUUAAGGGGAUUCUGCUGGUAUUGCUAACCGCUGGAACAGAGACCUCGGCCACGACACUGGAAUGGGCAAUGGCUCUGCUGCUCAACCACCCACAAUCCAUGGCCAAACUGCGAGCCGAAAUCGACGCCACCGUCGGCCGCGACCGACUCCUCAACGAGCAAGACGUACCGAGGCUUCACUACCUCCAACACGUCAUCAGCGAGACGCUCCGCCUCUACCCGGCGGUCCCGCUCCUCACCCUCCGCGAAUCCUCGGCGGACUGCACCGUCGCCGGGUACGACGUCCCCAAGGGAACCAUACUGCUGAUCAACGCGUGGGCCAUACACCGCGACCCGGAGGUCUGGGAGAACCCCACGGAGUUCGUCCCGGAGAGGUUUGCCACGGCGGCGGAGAGUGGCGGUGGGUGGAAGCUGAUUCCGUUUGGCGGCGGGAGGAGGCGGUGCCCUGGUGCCGUGCUGGCGAAUCGGGAGAUUGGGCUGGCGCUUGGAUGUUUGGUGCAGUUGUUUGAUUGGGAGAGGGUUGGAGGAGAUGAGAUUGAUAUGACGGAAACGUUGGGUGUUACGAUGCCUAGAAGUAGGCCGCUUCAUUUGCUGUGCAAGCCCAGGGAAUUUGCGAUGAAGCUUCUAUCGCAGUCAUCGUCGAAUGUGGGAUUGGUGACUUGAGUUGACGUAUGGGUUGUGAUUUGGUUAGCUUGGAGUAGCGUAUAUUUGUACCCGCUUAAUUUCUGCUUAAUUACUGUGAAAGCAGUGGCGGAUCCAGGGGUUGCCACCCCAGGUCACGGCCGAACCCUCCUCUGGACCCGGAACUAGUAUAGCCCUUAUACGUUUAUCGAUUUUAGUUAUUCGGGCCAGUGUUAUUUAUAAUAAAAUUGUGUGUAAUUAAGAAAAUGGGUAAGAUGAACAUAUUCAAAUUAUAACUCUAAAUUUAGUCUAGAAAUUCUAGCUUAAAUAAGUCUCGUCUAAAGAAAAACAAACAAUGAAACCUAAAAU